ACCGACUGCCAAGCCAUUCAACUGAGAGCUCUUGUAUAGAACAUACCUGUCUUGCAUUGCGUGUCGUUGUGGUAAUUGUCCUUAGGGUUGUGUUGCUUCUCAUUUUGCUGUUUUUAAGUCUUCAUGUAAUUGCAUCCCUACCACUCUCUCGCCUACUGGCAGUACAAGCUGAAACCCUCUGCCAAUUGUCUGCUUCUUUCCAAAACAACACCUUGCUUACCCAUUUCCAUGAUUCUCUACAAUCAUCCAGCUCCACACUCUCUGUAAACCCUUCAGGCCUUCUUAAAACCGGAAUAGGCACACUCUUUGUUCCAAUCUCUAUCUACCCCGUCUCCGUCCUCGUAACUCCCACCUCCUUCUCUUGCUUCGCAACGUGCAAGAAAAUUAGGGUUCCACAUCAAAUUGAUCAGGCUAAUGUUUCUGUGCCCCACCUUUUAGCUAGCAAUGCUUGCACUGCCACCAGUUUCCACAUGGGUCUCAAGUUUCAAACAUUGUUCAAGCUCGUACUCACUUUUCCCAUCUUGCCCAACUUUCUCUUGACCCUUCCUUCUUUCCCUCCUUGCAACUUCAUUGAACCCUGCGCCAAUCUUCUUUUCACCCAGGUUCCUCCAGCCAGCAUGGCUACGCCUCUCAAACCCUGGGCUUCCCCUGCGGCGCUGACAACACUGUCUCGCCGCACAGAUAACCCUUUCCUGACGGGCACGCAUGCUACCAACUCCAUUGCCACCUUCACCGCUGCUUGCACAAGCGGGAAGCUUGGCCCAGCACUGGUGCCUAACCUUUCGACCACAGCAGCUGAACAUGGCGGCGUCAUGCAGGGCGACCACUCGCUCGCACUGAAGCCAGGCCAGCGCAUUCGUGCCAUUCGCUUCCAUCAUCUCGAGUCCCCGCUGCUUUCCUCUGACGAUACCACCGACCCCCCCUACCCCGUCCGCUACUGCGCAGUUGAAAUUGCUGGCGUUCAUUCUAACGUCAAGCUAGCUGCACAGACAGGCGUUCGCACAUCUGUUACUGUGGUCGGCGCAGACGGGUCGGAGCAGCCAGUUACCACUAAGCCGUCUCAGCCAAUGAUCGUCUUUGCGCCUCUCGCCUCUGCCGUUGAGCUAGUGGACGGUCCACUUCAGCUCCAGGAGUUUUGCACCCAGCACCCUGCUCGUCCAGCUCUUCCUGUUUCUCAGCCCCAGAGGCCCAGUAGCCGCCUCCCUCAUGUUUACGACUCCGCCCUUGCGGACAUGCACGUCGUCUGGCUCUUUAACCCCCCUUCUCAGGCUGACGUUGAGGAGACGUGCCGCGCUCUCGAGAUUCUGGGGUCUAUCAAGGCCAUUAACACCAUGGCAGCAGACUCUGGCAAGCCGUACCAGGAGCUCUACUUUCGCUCUGCUGACAGUGCCCACAAGGGGCUCGCUGCACUUGAUGAGGUCUACGACGUCUGCCCCGCGCAGUACAUCGCCAGCGAGAAGCACCCCCUGCAGCAAAGAGUCAAUAUCCCUAACGGGACCGUCGGCCCCACUGGCUUCAAGACCGUGAAGGAGCUUGUUACGGCCCUCACCUCCGCUGCGUUUAUGCAGUGGUCGUCGCUGAUUCUCGAUCCUAUCACGAUUACUGCACCUGAGAAUGAAGCUUCCAGCUUCACCCUCACCAUCAAGGGCCUGCCGCUCUUUGAUCGCAUUGGCUCGCUCGUCAUCUUGCCCCCCGCGGCAUUCCACGUCGAGGACACCAAGCAGCUGGAGGAGAGCCUCGAAGAAGCCCGCAAACGUUACUCCAUUCCCAUCCGCGCCGGCGCUCCCGAGAACCGGGCAGUGGAGAUCCUCAACGGCCGCAACCGCGUCCACUGUUACUACGUGUCAGGCGAUCAAGCGGUGCUUCUCAGCAUCGCCCAGUCGCCGGGCCUCAUUGUGGGGACACAGAUCUGCCGUGCUCAGCUGGCCUUCGAGUACAACACCUGCCAGGUCAAGCGCAAUUUGACUGCACCCCAAAAGCAAGCCGGGCUUCUGAGCCAAUGGCUUGCGCCUGCGCACAUCGCUCAAGUUGACGCGCAUAACUCCCGCAAGCGCCCCGCCCCGUCGGCCCCCGUCGUCACUCUUGCCGAAGAGGUCGGGGACUCGAUGCAGCAGGACUAG